AUGCUCCGCGCCAUCCUCUGCAGGAGUCCCCGCCUCGCCUUGCGCCAGCAUUUUUCCACGUCUCGACCACGUCACGAGAUCAAAGACAUCGGCUCUUUGUCUCAGCGCUUAAUACCAAAAUACCAAGAAUCCUGCGACGGAGAGCUCCUGUGUCUCCAGUGGCCAGCGCCGCCGCGAAAUAUUUUCCUGGUGCGCAAAGACUGCGCCCCGGCGGUUACCGAUUCCCUGAUUGAAUUCGUCAAUCAUGUUUCCUCUACAUACCCAUCUAUCGCGGUGAUACUUGAGUCCAAGACUGCCGCCGAAGUACAUUCUUCGCUCUCUUUUCCUGUCUACUCUGUUUCUCUUGACGAGAAAACGACGGCGCUUCACGAUAAAGUCGAUCUCACGGUGACCCUGGGCGGCGAUGGUACGAUUCUACAUGCAGCGUCGGUCUUCGCGACCUGUUCAAACGUUCCGCCCGUCCUCUCGUUCAGCAUGGGUACAUUGGGUUUCUUGAGUGAGUGGAAAUUCUCAGAGUUUAAGCGGGCUUUCCGAGAAGUCUACAUGUCUGGAGCCGGGGCAGGGGAUCGGACCCAUGUGUUGGAAGAUGUCCCCGGGGCGGGACUCACAGAACAGGAAACUGAGAUGGGUCCGACCGGGUGGUCAUCCGUCCGGGGCAAAUCUAUGGGCUCUACGCGCGGGGCCCGCAUUCUGAUGCGCAACCGGUUGAAAGUAGGACUGUUUGCCGCCGACGGAACCGAAACGACGCCUAUCCGGACCAAGACCGACCAGGGCCAGGGGGUAUACGUGAUGAACGAGCUCCUCAUCCACCGUGGCAAGGAACCGCACUUGGCUGUGGUAGAUGUGUUUGUGGGUGGGCGGUUCCUGACUGAGGCUGUGGCAGAUGGAAUUAUAAUUUCCACGCCCACGGGAAGUACAGCCUACAGCCUGAGUAGCGGGGGUAGCAUUGUGCAUCCACUAGUCCCAUCCAUCCUCUUAACGCCGAUUUGCGCGCGUAGCCUCAGCUUCCGGCCAUUGGUUCUUCCUUCCAGCACCCCCAUCACACUGCGGCUGAGCGAAAAGAACCGAGGGCGCGAACUAGAAGUCAGUCUGGAUGGUGUUCAUUUAGGCCAAGGGAUGGCAGUUGGUAUGGAGGUCCGAGUUUGGAAUGAGGAGAUGCGUCAUGGGAAGAAUGAGUGGCAGGGUGGUGUACCCAGUGUGAUGCGAAGAAGUGUGGGGUGCGAAGCCCAUGAGGGAUGGUUGACUCUACCAACCAACAACACAGCCACCUCCUUCGGUCAGAUGAGCUUGGACUCUCCGAGCACACCGGUUCCGUCGACGGCAAAUCUUUCGCUUUUCCCGAACACCAGUAGUCCUUCGCUGGCUAUGACUCGGAGUAAUACCGGCCAAAAUGGGAUCUCAAUCAUCAAAGAAGGCACCGUCCGCUGCAAAGAGGACAAAUUCUUGGCGACUUGGAAUACACGUUACUUGAUCCUACGUGAAUAUAAACUUGAAUUUUUAAAGAGUGAUUCUGGCAAGGUAGUGAUUACAUUCCCUUUGUCCUCGGUCACCGCUGUCGCUCGCUCCGAGGAUUCCAAGAUGGCCUUCGAGGUCACUCGCUUGGCCAAUCCGAAGGAUGCAAACUCCAAAGCCUCACUUCUUGCCCGCGACCUACCUACCAAGACCAUCACUUGCGAAGUCAAGUCCGAUGAUGAAAUCUACGAGUGGAUCGACAAGAUCUACGAGCGCUGCCCCGGAAUGGGCGGCGUCAGCAACCCGACAAACUUUAGUCACCGUGUUCACGUCGGCUUUGACCCAAAUACCGGCGCCUUUGUAGGUUUGCCCCCCGAGUGGGAGAAGCUUUUGACAUCCUCCGCUAUCACGAAGGAAGACUACAAGAAGAACCCCCAGGCUGUCAUUGAGGUUCUUGAAUUCUACUCGGAUAUCAAGAUGCGCGAGCAGAACCCUCAAUACUAUGCUGGAAUCAACUCCCCGUCCAACGGUCAAUCCAAGGCAUACGGUAGUAGUGUUGGUAGCUCCAUCGCACCCCCGCGUCCUCCACCACCAGGACCUAUGCAGCGCCUUGAUAGCAGUCAGUCGAAAUCUGACGGUUCUAUGCGCUCUGCGUCAUCCUCAGUUGGACAGUCGGACCGUGCGGCAGACCACCAACAGCAAGUUGAACGGAUGAAGGAAAUGGCCGACCAAGAGCGUCGCCGUGUGGAAGAGGAACGUCGCAACAAGGAGGAGCAAGACGCUUAUAAUGCUUCCAUCCCGAAGAGCCGUCCCAAUAUGGCUCAACAAGAGCUUGGUGGAUAUGGCGGCGACGAGCCAUCACAGAAUAGCCGCUAUCAACCAAGCCGCCCCGCCCCUCAGGCUCCAGGAGCUGCUGCACGCCAGCAAGACCCCCGGCAGCUCACGGCACAGCGUCCCGCACCAGCGCCACCGUCGCAGAAUCCCUACAGCCAAAACGCGCCCCGAGCACCGGGUGCUCCUCGCACUGAUGACCGCCAAGGCUCCCCAAGCUCCCGCUACCCUCCCAGUGACCCUCGGGCCCCAGGAUCGGCCAGCCGUCAUCAGCAAAACGGUUCCAAGGGACAGGCCGGACCCCCUCCGACACGCCUGCCGGCUCCUGUUCAGGCUGUGAAGCCGUUGAACAUUGCCAACAAGCAAAACGGGAACAAGCAGAACGUCCCCGAUGGCGUUCGCCAGGCCGAAGCUGCUCUUACCAAGAAGGCAGAUCAGCCACGCCAGAAGGAGGUGCGCAUGUCGGCCAUGUCAGAGAACGAGGUCAUGGAGCGACUGAGAUCUGUCGUAUCCAAAGACAACCCGAACGAGUCUUACAGCAAGCAGCGCAAGAUUGGUCAGGGUGCAUCUGGAUCCGUGUAUGUGGCGCGCGUUAAGGAAAGCGCACCUUCCAGUGUUGCCCACGAGCUUUACCGGACGUAUGGCCCGCGCUGCCAGGUGGCCAUUAAGCAGAUGGACCUGCGCAGUCAGCCCCGCAAGGAGUUGAUCGUCAACGAAAUUAUUGUCAUGAAGGACAGUCAGCACCCGAAUAUUGUCAAUUUCCUGGACUCGUUCUUGCAGGAAUCAAGCAAUGAACUCUGGGUUGUCAUGGAGUUCAUGGAGGGUGGCGCGUUGACUGACGUGAUUGAUAAUAACCCAGUAAUUACUGAAGGUCAGAUCGCGACAAUUUGUGCUGAGACUUGUAAGGGUCUGGCCCAUCUUCACAACCAGAGCAUCAUCCACCGUGAUAUCAAGAGUGACAAUGUCCUCCUCGACCGUGUCGGCCACGUCAAGAUCACCGAUUUCGGCUUCUGCGCCAAGCUGACCGAAACCAAGAGCAAGCGAGCCACCAUGGUCGGCACCCCUUACUGGAUGGCACCCGAGGUGGUCAAGCAGAAGGAGUACGGCCCGAAGGUCGACUGCUGGUCGCUAGGCAUCAUGGCCAUCGAAAUGAUCGAGUCAGAGCCCCCUUACCUGAACGAAGAACCCCUGAAGGCCCUCUACCUUAUUGCCACCAACGGAACCCCCCCGUCUCAAGAAGCCCGAGAAGCUCAGCAAGGAGCUUAA